AGGUUAGCAUUAGGAAAGACAAUUACAGCAACAUCCCACUAUUUUAUUUUAUUAUUUUUUCUAAAAAUAUAUUUAUUAAACUAUAUAUAUUUAUCUAUUAGUACUACUUUAUAUAUUAAAAUAUUACUCCUUCUGUCAUCAAUAAUUAUCCAUGAUUAAAUCGAUACGCAGUUAAACUUAUAUCGAGGAUACUCCAAAUAAAAUAAAUCUUGAAUGCGAGUACGAGUACGAGUGUAACAAAGAAUCAAAGGAUGGAGAAUUCAGCAGUAGCAGCCGAUCUGGUGGAUUUCUUGAAUGCUUCUCCUACUGCUUUUCAUGCAGUUGAUGAAGCAAAAAAGAGACUCAAAAGUGCAGGGUAUGUACAAAUAUUUGAGAGAGAAGAUUGGGAUUUGAAAGCUGGCAACAAGUAUUUCUUCACUAGGAAUUACUCUACUAUUGUUGCUUUUGCUAUUGGUAAAAAGUACGUUGCUGGAAAUGGAUUUCACAUAGUUGGUGCUCAUACAGAUAGUCCUUGUCUGAAGCUGAAGCCAGUUUCAAAGGUAACUAAAUGUGGAUUUUUGGAAGUGGGUGUACAAACAUAUGGUGGUGGUCUCUGGCAUACAUGGUUUGAUCGUGAUUUAACAGUUGCCGGAAGGAUGAUCAUAAGAAAGAAGAAAGAUGGUUCUGAAUCCUACUUGCACAAGCUUGUGAGAAUUGAGGAGCCCAUAAUGCGAAUUCCAACUUUAGCAAUUCACUUAGACAGAGAUGUGAAGGAUGGAUUUAAGGUCAACACACAGAACCAUCUUCUGCCAGUAUUGGCUACAUCAAUUAAGGCCGAACUUAAUAAACCAGCUUCAAUUGACAAUUCUAUUGGAAAUGGAGCUCCAAAUGAUGGAAGUAUGUCCAGUAAAAGGGUAAAUCCUGGUGGUGAGCAACAUCAUUCCCUUCUUCUGCAGCUUCUUGCUGCUCAGGCAGGAUGUGAACCAGGUGAUAUAUGUGACUUUGAGUUGCAAGCAUGUGAUACUCAGCCAAGUAUUAUUGCUGGUGCCAUGAAGGAAUUUGUUUUUUCUGGAAGACUGGACAACUUAUGCAUGUCAUUUUGCUCUCUAAAGGCACUGAUAGAUGCUACUUCUGCUGAAAAGAUUCUUGAGGACGAGGUUGGUGUAAGAAUGGUGGCUCUGUUUGAUCAUGAAGAGGUUGGGUCUGAGUCAGCUCAAGGAGCUGGAUCGCCAGUCAUGUUUGAUGCUCUCUCACGAAUUACGAAUACAUUCAGUCCAGAUUCAAAGUUAAUACAGAAAGCAAUCCAGAGGAGCUUCCUGGUCUCUGCUGAUAUGGCACAUGCCUUGCAUCCUAACUAUUCGGACAAGCACGAAGAGAAUCAUCAACCCAAAUUUCAUGGUGGGCUUGUUAUUAAACAUAACGCUAAUCAACGUUAUGCAACCAAUGCUGUCACUUCCUUUGUGUUCAGAGAAAUAGCUGCUAAGCACAACAUUCCUAUUCAGGAUUUUGUGGUUCGCAAUGAUAUGCCAUGUGGCUCUACCAUUGGACCUAUAUUGGCAAGUGGGGUAGGUAUUCGAACCGUUGAUGUAGGAGCACCACAGUGGUCAAUGCACAGCAUAAGAGAAAUGUGCGCGGUGGAUGAUGUGAAGCAUUCGUACGAGCACUUUAAGGCCUUCUUCCAAGAGUUCUCACAGCUUGAUGGGAAGAUUGCUGUUGACAUCUAGCCCAUAUAUGAUUGGUAAUGCCUUGUACUUUUGAAUUACAUAGGAAAAUAAAAAACUUAUUCUGGAGUUCUAAUUUCCCAAAGCUAGAAUUCAACAAUCAAAAGGUUUGACAAUGGACAUGGUCCAUGAAGUUAUGGAACUAGUGCUUGUUUGCAGGGAAUGUUACUCACCUUCUGAGAACUAUAAUUUAUUUUGUUUUGAAAACA